CCUAAACGGAACGGUUCGAGAAAUUCGGCAUGCGGCUGCUCUCGAGAUCGGAGGAGUGCUAGCAGUAGCCAGUGGACACACAAACAGCCAGCAUCCACAGUCAGGUGUUUGGCGCCAAGUUGCCCCAGAGAGACAAAUUGUUUAUCUUGUGUCAAGUGGUGUAUGGCCACCCCUUUGGCCAACACCCACUUUAGCUUCAACUCCAGUGAAAGUUUGUUGUCGCCAUACAGCCAUACAGCCAUCCAGCCAUUCAGCUAUCCAAACAUCUAGCCACUCCGGUGGCGUUUUGUUCUGCGGCUGCCAGGCUAACCGAAUUCAGUUGGAUCCUUGCGGUUUCGGGCGCCCGAAAUCGGAUGACAUUAUCUGCCACGGGACGCGGUGGUUCCUCGAGGAGUUGAGUCGAGUGUAGUGGAGUGGAGUCGCGUAGAUUCGAGUGGAAUGGUGCCGAGUGAGUCGGAAUUAAAAGCGGAGCAAGGCGUCGCACCUUUAGGCAUGCAUCUUUAAUCAGGCCCCAAUGAAUUUCCGCGCGAAAUGUUUACGGCCUAUGAAUAAGCAAUGAAAUAAGCGCUCACGGGCAUUUGUCAUUUGGCAAAGUGAAAAUUGAAGUGACUGUGAAAAUUGAGACAAAUGUGUUGUGCAUCGGCAGUCGAGUAUUGAAGCAAGGAAGGACCAAGCUAACCCGGCAAUCCGGGCAUAAUUUCUUCUUAACUAGUCACCGCAAGAAAAGCAACAAAGGAUGGAAACUAAAGCUGGCUUAAGUGCGCUGGAGGAAAGGUCCCUGAAAGGUUCAGAGAAACUUAAAAUGCUGGACAUCACACGCGACAAGCCGGUGAAGGUGGCCGUCAAAGUGGCCGUUCCUGUGCGGGAUCACCCAAAGUUCAAUUUCGUGGGCAAGCUGCUCGGACCCAAGGGCAACUCGAUGAAGCGCCUGCAGGAGGACACCAUGUGCAAGAUGGCCGUUCUGGGACGCGGAUCGAUGCGGGACCGGCGGAAGGAGGAAGAGCUGCGGGGCAGUGGCGACAGUCGCUACGCCCAUCUCUUCGAGGACCUGCACGUCGAGAUCUCGACCUUCGCCGCUCCGGCGGAGGCCCACGCCCGGAUAGCCUACGCGCUGGCGGAAGUGCGCCGCUUUCUGGUUCCGGACUACCACGAUGACAUCCGCCAGGAGCAAAUGUGGGAGAUGCAGGCGCUGACGUCCACGCCCGCACUGGGUGCCCACUCGCUGGAGGAUUCGCAUAGCCCCACCAUCAACAGCUGCAGCCAGGUGGGCGGCGCCACCAACUCCUCCUCCAAUGGGGUCAGUGGGCGUGGCCUGGGCGGCGGACUGGCCGACAUGGACACGUCCAACGAUGACAAAUCGGACGACGCCAGCGGCAUGGAGUGCCUGUCGGCAGUCGACAAGCUUGACUGCUCGUCCAGCUGCGCUAGUCUGGGCAUCAGUGGCAUCACUACCAUCAGCACCACCAGCUCAGAGCAUCCGCAUCCGCACCAGCACCACCAGCAGCACCAACAGCACCACGCCCACCUGCACCCAGCACACGCCCAUGGAAACCAGCAGCAGCAGCAACAGCAGGUCCAGCACCACCACAGCCACCAGGCGCACUUCCACCAGCUCCUGCAGCAGGCUCACGGAGGAGCCAGUGCCGCAGCGGCUGCUUGCGGGGAGCAUCUCUCCGGACAGGCGACUCCGGCGACGGCGGCGGCACUGCACACCACAGCCAUGGCAGUGGCACUCCAGCAUCAGCUGACAGCCGCAGGAAUCGGAGGACUUCUGAAGCCGGCCACCGGAGUGGGGGCCACCAUGGCCGGGCUGCCCACCACCCAGGCGGGAGCCGCCGCACUUCAGUUGCCCGGCGACGGGGAGUCAUCCGGAUCGACGCUAACGCUGCUGGAGCCACCGGGCACCGCACUCCUGCAUCCCGCUCUGCGCAACGUCAAGACCAUCAACAUUGGUGGCGGCCUGGGAAGGAAGCGUCCACUGCUGGGUGUUCCCCGCUCCGGAAUGAAUCCCACCAAGCGCACGGUGAUGAGCCUGCUGGCCAGGGCCAAGAACUCGCAGGCGCUGCACUCGGUCCGCCAGCCGAUGGUGACGGCCACCAGUUUCGCUGAACCCUUGCAGAUGCUGGCCUCGCCGUUCAUCAUUCCGCACCGGGCGGUGGACCAGCCGAUCCUGGCGCUGUCGAAGGAGAGCCUCGCGCAGGGCGUCUAACCCAGUGAGCUGCUCCACCUGCGGCUGCCCAGAUAGACCAAUCUGACCGAAUACCACCUGCCCCGCCUCACGCUUGGGAGGAUCAGCGAGAGUCUCGAGGAGAUUAGCGAAUAUUUCUAGGCGAUGUUUGCGUAGUUGAUGCGUACUUGUACUUGUACUCUCCCCGUAGUAAGGCUAUACCGAUCUUUAGGGACUAACUGUGAACUUAUCCGAGCGAAUCUCGAGCUCGUGCUACACGAUUUUAUUUUUUACAGAGAAUAAACGGAGCGUCUAUUUGCAAUGCGAUGUUUUAUUUCCACAGAUGCAAGCCUAGGCAAACCAAAUCGAAAUGUUCGAUCUAAUGGAACAGAGUUUAAACCCUUAACAAAAUUGAAACCUAAACUUAGUGUCAAAUUAAAACGAGAGCAACUUCAAUAGAAUAAAUGUAAACGCAAUUACUUUAAAAAAAUUACUUUAAAUAAAUAUACACACAAUACGAAUGCGUAUGCGAAUGCGAAUGCGAAUGCAGAUACCGAACACGAGUACCACAAAAGAUAUAUAUACAAUACAUACGAACACGUAUACAAGCAAAUAUACAAAUAUAAAUAUGUGUGUACUUAAAUCUACAUAAACUUAAGAUUAAACCAAACGAAACUACUAAACUAAUGAGAUAAUACAAUAAUUUUAACGUAUUUUAACAGCCACAGAACGAAGACAAAGUCGUACCGCAUAGAAGGGAAAAGAGAGAAAGUAGAAAGGAUGUAGACAGUUGAGGUAGAACCCCCGAUCAGAGAGAUCCCACCGCCUUCAGCUUGCGUUGCCUGAUUGAUUCCAAUUUGAGUCCCCUCGGAUCCAAAGCCACAGCUGAUAGAUAUGAUAGUUCGGUUUCAGUUUCAGAACAGAAAGUUUCAGAACAUCGAAAGCAGCGAUCGCCUACAGAGUUAUAUUUUUCGUUCAGAUUAUGUACAUAUAUACUAUCUAUAUAGUAUAUACACGCAUCCGAGGAUAAUGUGUUGCAAGGUCCUUGGUCUGGGAAUGGGUGGAUGUUCCAUCCGCUCCACUUCGCCGCGAUGCUUCGAUUAGUGUUUGAAUUGAUAUUGAAACUAUAGGAAUUUGAUCUCAGAGUUAGCGAGUCGGCUACACUGUACCGAUAAUUCCAUAAUUCCAGCAGAUAAUUCCGACUCGAUGAUUCGAGUCGAGAGUUCACUUUAGCUACCCAGUUACUUUGUUGACUGUGCACAAUCCACAUAGUUCUUAAAUAGCGUUAACCAAUAUACAAUAACAACAUUACUCAAUUAAUGUUCACAGAAAGUUUAUUCAAAAAACAAAACAAAAAAACCAAACAAAAAACAAAUUUAAAAAACCAAACGAAUAUUUACAGCGUAAAUUAAAAGUAAAGUUAAUGCAAAAUAUUGAUGUUCAAAGAAAGCAAGUCCGUGAAUGGUCGUACUCAUGUCAUUAAAUGUAGAUCUCAAAUAUGCAAAACAAACUAAAUAAUUAAACCAGUCUUAAAUGUGAAAAACUUCAGCAAAAUUCCACCCAACCACCAAAAACCACACCAACCGCCACCACCACCAACACAGCUUCGAGCUAGUCACAAA